UGACUGACGGUAGUGCUAAUUUAACUAAGCUUUGCCCUUAUUUGAGAAAGAAAAAGCAUAAAUAAGAGGCAAUAAUAAGGAAAAGUGGUUGCAAGCUCAAUAUUAAAUUUGGUAAUUUAAAGCAGAGCAAUAAAUAAUAUACGCUGUAAAAAAAAGCUGCAGGUAUUAUAUUUGGUAUUUAAUUAAGCAGAAAUCAGAACUGGACAAACAAGUAGCAACGCUGAGUCGCAGUUGAGAUUGAAGCAACGAAAGCAACGGCAACGAAAAGCGAGAAAAAGUGGAAGUCGAAGAAAUUGAGAAUUAUCAAAUAUACUAGAAAAAAUUAAUCAGUUUGCGAUUUAAAACUGGCAAAAAUGGUGUUGAAAGUGUAUAUUAGCGGCAUGUCCGGUAACAAGGAGGUAAAGAAACGCCAGCAACGUGUUUUGAUGAUUCUUGACAGCAAGAAUAUCAAGUAUAACGUAGUGGACAUCACAGAACCAGGAAAAGAAAGCGAAAAAGAGUUAAUGCAGACAAAGUCCACUAGUAAUGGGGCGACAGUUAGCGAUCCCGAGCCACGGCACGCACUGCCACCGCAAAUAUUCAACGAAGAAGAAUAUUGCGGCGAUUAUGAUGCGUUCGAUUUGGCCAACGAAAUAGAUACGUUGGAGCAGUUCUUGAAGUUGGCUCCAGCCGAUACAACAUCUGUUUCCAGUGCACAGCUAGAGCUGAAGCAGGAAAACGGCGAAGUGAAAGCACCAGCAUCAGCUGAAGAUGAUGAGAAUAAAGAAAAUAAAGAGACUGCCGAGGAAAAAAAGGACGGUGAAGAAGGCGGUAAAGCGGCUGAUGUCAGUGAAGCAGUUGCCGGCGCUGAUGAGACCGCUAAUGGCGAGGGCGAAAACAAGAAUGCUGAGGUUAAAGAACAAAAAGAAGAUAAGCAGGAUAUCGAAACGGCUGCAAACGAUUCAGUUGGGGAAAAGGAUGAAGGAGAGGUGAAGGAAAGCAAUGAUGAACAGCUUGAACAGAAAGCUUUGGAUGGGGAGGCAAAACGGAAAGACAAUGAAGAGGACUCAAGCGAGAUGGAAGAAACAGUAGCAAAGGCUGUAGAUGGAAAAGAGAAAAGUAUAAAUGCAGAACCGGAAAAGAAGGAUGAAGCUGAAGUAGAAGAAAUAAAAGACAAGUUCAACGGAAAAUCUGAAAACAAGUUAAUCAAAGAGAGUGAGGACGCAGGGGUUGAAAAUAAUACAGAAAUUAAAAAAGCCGGAGAAAACACGGAAACUGGAGAAACUGUGAAUGAAGAGUAUAAUAAGGCAGAAAAUGAAGUGGAAGAAUCAAAUACUUCAAAAGUAGGUAUAGAUGAUAAUGAUCAGGAAGAUGAAAAUAACAAAGUGGAAGAUGAGGAAGAAAAUGUAAGUAAACAUGAGGAAGAGACGAAACUGAAUAGUCAGGAAUCGGAAAACACGGUAGUUGCUGAACAAGGAGACUCGAGCAGAGAUGAAAGUGGCACGCGAGAUGAGAAAGAAAAAAACGAAGAAGUCGAUGAAGGUAAAGCGGAUAAAGAGAAGGAAGAUGAAAAUGAGGAAGAAAAGAAAGAAAGUGAAGAAGUCGAUGAAAGUAAAGCGGAUGAAGAGAAGGAAGAUGGCGAUGAGAAAGAAAACAAAGAAAUUGAAGAAGUCGAUGAAAGUAAAGCGGAUAAAGAGAAGGAAGAUGAAAAUGAGGAAGAAAAGAAAGAAAGUGAAGAAGUCGAAGAUAGUGAAAAGCAUAGUCGAGUUGACCUUGAAAAGGAUGAGAAAUUAGAAAAUCUAGAAGAUACGCCAAUGGCGAAAGAAGAGAAAAUAAAGAGUGAAGAAUCUGAAAAAGAAAUUGAAGCGAUUGACUUAACGGAAGCCAAAAAAAGCAAUGAAAAGGAUGCGGAACCAGUCAGCGAAGACUGAAAGAAAAACGAAACGGGUGAAUAAGAUGAAAAUAAAGAAUAGAACGAAUAAGCAAAACGUAAUCUUAAUUUUAUUCGUUAUAUUUGUUCAUUAAAAAUAUUCCUUCCUUGGUUACAGAA